CGCAGUUCCAUAUUUCAUCCACCCAGCUUUGCCAUACGCCCAAUGAUGCACAGUUACAGCAGCCCUGUGCUGGCUUCAUGCUCCACGUCCUGUGGCAGAUCUACGGCCGCUCUGGCGACCAUACUGGUUGGUGUUCCUGUGAGGACUCUUGGGACUCUUGCUUCCCUAGAGAGGGUAUUUCGACGAUCCCAUGUAGAUGAACUUGUCGAUUUUUUAGCUUCUCUCAUCUCCUAUCUGUCCUUCCCGCCCCGUCUCCUCUGUACAGGGUUUCUGUUCUUCUCUUCACCCCGAUCCUGUACAUAGGCCUCACCUCUCAACAUGGCAACAAUGCCCUUUCGUCCCGCGCCCGGGAGCGGGGUGCGCACUCCCGUCCGCCAAAACUCGGUGGACUCGCGUAAUGAGGUCCAUGUGCAGAUGGACCAUUACAUUGGCAUUGAUGUAGGGACCGGCAGUGCCAGAGCAUGUAUCAUCAAUGAGGCGGGCGACAUUGUUGGCCUUGCCUCGGAGAACAUAGGGUUGUGGCAGCCUCAAACGGGAUACUAUGAACAAUCGACAAACGACAUCUGGCGUUGUAUUUGCCUCUCGGUUCAGCGUGCCCUGACCCAGAACAAUAUCGACCCUCAUUCCAUCCGCGGAAUCGGUUUCGAUGCCACCUGCUCGCUAGCAGUCUUUACCCAUGACACCGACGAACCCGUGUCCGUAACUGGACCGAGCUUUGAUAAAUCUGGGAAUGACCACAACGUGGUUUUGUGGCUGGACCACCGCCCGGUCGAAGAAACCAAGAAGAUCAAUGCCACCAACCAUAACCUGCUCCGUUAUGUUGGUGGGACCAUGAGCAUUGAGAUGGAAAUCCCCAAGGUGCUCUGGCUCAAGAACAACAUGCCGAAAGAGCUCUUUGAUCGAUGCAAAUUUUAUGACCUGACGGAUGCCCUGGAGCAUCUUGCCACAGGCAACGAAAAGAGGAGUUUCUGCUCGGUGGUGUGCAAGCAGGGCUACGUGCCUGUGGGCGUAGAUGGUAGCGUCAAGGGCUGGCAGGAAGACUUCCUCAAGGAGAUCGGCCUCGAGGAUCUUGUGGAGGACAACUUCAAGCGCCUUGGCGGCGUCAACGGGGUGAACGGCGAAUAUCUCUCCGCUGGUGAACUUGCAGGCCACCUUUGCGAGCGUGCAGCGGCCGAGCUGGGGCUUCCAGCAGGUAUCGCCGUCGGUAGCGGUGUCAUUGAUGCCUAUGCUGGUUGGAUUGGUACUGUCGGGGCCAAGGUCAACCUGACUGCCGAUCAACUCGACACAUCGAUGGCUCCCAACGACCAGUCACAAGCAUUUACCCGUCUGGCGGCCGUCGCAGGCACAUCGACAUGUCAUCUAGUUAUGUCCAAAGACCCGAUCUUCGUGCCGGGAGUUUGGGGCCCUUACCGGGACAGUAUCAUCCCUAAUUUCUGGAUGGCCGAAGGCGGUCAGUCCGCCACUGGCGAGCUGUUGAAACACAUUCUGGAGACUCACCCGGCGUACAACCAAGCGCUGUCGAUGGCGGAGUCGACUUCCAGCAACAUCUAUGACUUUUUGAACCAACAUUUGGAGGAUAUGAAAGAGAGGGAGAAUGCCCCUAGCAUCAGCCAUCUCGGCCGACAUUUCUUCUUCUAUGGCGACCUCUUCGGCAACCGGUCGCCCAUUGCCGACCCGACCAUGACUGGCUCCGUGGUGGGACUGACAUCGGAUAAAUCGCUCGACGGCAUGGCCAUCUACUAUUAUGGUACUAUGGAGUUCAUCGCGCUGCAGACGCUGCAGAUCAUUUCGACCAUGAACAAGGCCGGACAUAAGAUCUCUUCCAUCUUCAUGUCCGGGUCGCAGUGCCAGAACGAGAUUCUCAUGUCUCUGAUCGCCACGGCCUGCGACAUGCCCGUCCUGAUCCCGCGAUAUGUUCACGCCGCCGUCUGUCACGGUGCUGCCAUGUUGGGCGCCAAAGCCGCCAGCGCCGACCCCUCGGGCAAGACGGAGGAUCUCUGGAGCAUCAUGGACCGCAUGAGCAAGCCUGGUAAGAUCGUCCGGCCUACCAAGACAAAGUCGGUCAAGGCUCUUUUGGAUGCCAAGUAUAAGGUCUUUUUGGAGCAAUGUGAACGACAGAGGGUAUUCCGAAAAAUGGUGGACGAGGCCAUUGAGUCUUCUGCUGAAUAAGAUGACGUGGUAUAUAGUGGUUUAAAAGCCGAGCUUGGCCUUGAAAAGCAACGAAAACUUGAAGUUGAAAGACCUUUGAGACGGAUCUGAUCAUCACAAGGCGAAAAGUCCUAUAUCUACAGACCCUUCAGGAUGUUUUGUCCGGCCUACCGGUUCCAAUUCUUGUCUUCUCGACCAGGUGAAACGAACGACAGCUACGGUACACAGUAGUCAUGUAUGCAUGACAGCCAUUUUAUUUCAACCCUGCCAGUGCGGAUUAGGUACUGUAGGGUAGGUUCCUUGUACAACGUAGGUACUGACUGUAGCAGGAGGAGUAUGUACAGUAUGUACAGUACCAAGACAGACAUGUUGGCCCAGCUAGCCCAGCCCAAGAAUAUAUUACCGCUAGCAAUACACUGUAGUUACUAGUAGUACAUGCCGUGGCAGAUCACCAGUAGGUAGGGAGAAGCUACCUAGGUAGAGUUUAAUGGAUGAUUAUUCC